AUGCCUCGCAAAGACUUUCAGAAAGACCUGAUUGGUGCAAAAGCCCCAGGCAGCUUCCCUCAUCUGAACGGUGUCAAAGCAGGAGAUCAUGAUGGCUCUAUCACUUUUACGUUCGCUGAUGCCUCAACCGGCACCAGGAUUGAUUUUCAAGCCAUAGUAUCAGAUACCCAAGACUACCCCGAAAAUCACACGUACUUUGUCUUCACCACGUCCGAAGAUCCUCCUUCAGGGGUCGCUACAGUUCUAGAAAACGUUCAGUCCAGGUUUUCAGGGGUUUCACUUGAGGAUUUCCUGACUUACAUCGACGAGCUCGUCCAAGAUGCGCUGCGGCAACCGGAUGUCGAUGACGAUGAGGUGGGCUAUGAGGUUGACGAGACUGACUUUGAUGACGACGACGGCGACGACUGGGAUAUGGAAAAUCAACCGGCAUCUGCCAUUUCGGAGACAGAAGAAAAGGAUCUAUUGAAAACCCUGCGCUGCGACCUUCGCGCCGUGAAAAAUGCGGGUUUUAAAGUGGGCUAUCUGGGAACACUGACAGGAGCUAUUAUCGUAUCAGUCUCCUGUCGCAUCGGUAGACUAGGCAUAUCUGAGGAGGCCAUGAAAGCAUGGAAUGUUCGGGCUUCGGAAUACCUGGUUCUGCUCAUUCGUUAUCCAGGGACCUAUCUGCAUUUUCAGAAACUGCUGGCGCUCGGAAAUGCAAAGUACACAGCAACCCAAUUCCACGUCGGAUUGUGUGACUCUUACAAGCCAACUGCUGAAGACGCCAUCCGAGCCUUUCAAGGCGAUAUUUCACUGCCGGAAGAAGGCUUAACAGGGACCGCCCGAUUGAGAUCACUGUUCAUCGAGCAACCGCUGGAUUCGCUCCUGAACGAGAGAUUCCUCCGGAUUAUGGAACUGCGAUAUAGUUUAGGCCUGUCAUGGACCGGUGCUGAGCUUUACAUUCAACAAAAUCAGGGCAGGAAGCCGGAGGAUGGCUCUCUACACGACGACUAUUUUGAGCCAGACACCUGGAGUGUCUCCGCACCGGCCCUAUUUCAGGAUGACCAUAUAGGCCAAGGACUUGGACCUGAUAAACUGUCCCUACCAUUAAUAGCGAUGCAGUUCACUCUUCGCCACUUUGUCAAGUGCACGGAAUUCUGCCUGGUUUGCCAUUGCAAAAUCCGCGACAGUUUUGAAGCAAUCAAGCCGUACGUUUGCUCCAACGGUUUGUGUUUGUUCCAGUACAUGGCGCUCGGCAUGGGGCCAAGCUUGGAACAUGAGAUUCAAUUCCAACCUAGCGUCGUCGAUUUACUCAUCAGUUUGACAUAUGCUCGGGCAGUAUCCGGUGGGCUCACGGAUCUUCCCACAGGCCUAGGUCUAAGGGUCCCAGGAGUCCUAAACAUGAAUAGGCUUGACGAGAUUGAACGCCAUCUGACAAAUCCAAAGGACAGAAAUAUUUCCCAGGUUCCAACCUGCUACAGUGGCGACCUGGUACCUGCAACAAUGGCAUGUCGCCUGGAUAAGCACACGCAUCUGAAACCCGGAGACUGGGUGGUCAUUUUUCAGACUGGAACGGCUCUGAAGGACGGGCCCUGGCAUUGUCGAGUACAAGCCAUUUAUGUAGGUGCUUGUGAUGUACAGCUCGUACAGCUCUCCUCUCCGGUCGUGAAGGGGCAGCAGCUCUCAGCAUCCGAACUUCUGCCUGGCCCGUCACAUGUCGUCAAAUUCAUAGUUUAUGAGAGAAAUUUCGAUGACCUUGACGUCAACGAUAAAAGAGCUGCGGUCAGACUGCUCCUCGAUACGCUCCCUAGCGUUGACAAGAUGAAAGCCUUCCUUACGGACUCCGAUAACAAAAAGCUAGCUGCUUGGAGGGAUGUGAUUUCUCCAGCAGCACUUAAUGUGCUACGCUGGGUCGUUGCGUCAAACCGCUCCUUUAUUUUAGAGGAUGAUACUACGCAUUCUGAUCAUCGAGUGUCUGGAAUGGAGUCAUACAAGCAAUUUCGGCUUGUGCAAGGGGCCCCAGACAAAGAGCGGCGCUUCAGAGCCGCCGUGGCCGCUAACGCUGCUAUUACCAAGACAGAUUACCCGACUAUCUUUGCCUGGCACGGAAGUCCAGUGUACAACUGGCACAGUAUUCUUAGAGAAGGUCUGCAUUUCAAAGAGAUUAUGAACGGACGCUCCUAUGGGGAUGGGGUUUACCUGUCUAAUAACUUCCAUACAUCCGUUGGUUACACACGCGAAGGACUCGACUACGCCUGGCCUCAGAGCAAUUUGAAGAUCAGGAUGCUGGUCUCUCUAAACGAGCUGGUCAACGCGCCAACUCAGUUCAAACAUACCAAUCCGCAUUACGUAGUCACUCAGUUGGACUGGAUACAGCCGAGAUAUCUCUUCGUCAAAUGCAAGGGUGCAGCGCCCAGCGAUGGUACAACAAAUGAAAAACCAUCAGCCAUGUACAAACAGGAUCCGAAGUAUCCAGCCCAGGGGCCAAACGGAACUCCAAUCUACAUUCCGAUCUCUGCUCUCAACAGCCAGCGAAGAAAUAGCCUGGGGGUUGUUAGCCGAACCAAUUCUGACCUUGCCAUAUCCGCAUCUCCUGGAAGAAAGAGGAGAAAGCGGGAUGCCGAUAAGAUGCCUACCCCUGAAGGCUCGAAAAACAACACAGACUUAGAGGAAGAUGACGUUGUUAGUGUGGCCACAGCAGCCGAGGAUCUUCAGAUUCUUCUUUCAGACGCUGAGGACGAGGUAGAGGAGCCUCCUACAGUUCAGCCGUCCAAGGGCAGUGUGAAAAGCGACUUCGAACCCGGAACUCUUAAAAAGGAAUCUCUUCCCUUGCUCACACCUCCCCAGUACGCGACCACCCCAGCGACUAAGGUUCUACAGCAACAUCUCCAAGCGACUCUCAAAGUCCAAGCUCGAGAGCCCCUUCACGACCUCGGCUGGUUCAUUGACCCAGACUUUAUAACCACAGUUUAUCAAUGGAUCGUGGAGCUGCACAGCUUCGACCCCAAACUGCCGCUGGCAAAAGACCUCAAGCAAGCUAACAUGAAAAGCGUCGUGCUCGAACUUCGCUUCCCACCCGGCUUCCCCAUGUCUCCUCCAUUUGUCCGCGUGAUCCGGCCGCGGUUCCUGGAGUUUGCCAAUGGCGGUGGUGGGCACGUCACCGCCGGCGGGGCCAUGUGUAUGGAACUUUUGACCAAUUCAGGCUGGCUCCCAACGGCAUCUAUCGAGAGCGUGUUGCUGCAGGUCCGAAUGGCAAUCACUAACACCGAACCGCGUCCUGCGCGUCUGGCGCUGAACCGGUCUCGCACGGACUAUUCUGUUGGCGAGGCGGUUGAAGCGUACAAGAGGGCAUGCCUGGCGCAUGGGUGGCAGAUUCCGGAGGAUAUUCAGCGGCUUUCGUGGGCUUAA